AUGAGUUCCUCGCCUGUUAAUGUAAAAAAGCUGAAGGUCUCGGAGCUGAAAGAGGAGCUCAAGAAGCGGCGCCUUUCCGACAAGGGUCUCAAGGCCGAGCUCAUGGAGCGACUCCAGGCCGCGCUGGACGACGAGGCCGGCGGCCGCCGCCAUGGAGCGGGCAACGGCAGCCUAGACCUGGGCGGGGAUUCCGCCGGGCGCUCGGGAGCAGGCCUCGAGCAGGAGGCCGCGGCCGGCGGCGACGAGGAGGAGGAGGAGGAGGAAGAGGAGGAGGAAGGGAUCGCCGCGCUGGAUGGCGACCAGAUGGAGUGGGAGGAGAACAGGGCCUGGGGCAGCUCUGUCCAGCCGAUGGAGGAGGAGGAGAGAACCCGCCUCGAAGACAGUGAGGCUGGCAACAUUUGACGCUGAUCAGACUCAGGAAGGGAAGAUGAGCUCGGCGACGGAGGAAAGGCGCACUUGAACGACAGAACAGGCACAAGGAGGAGCAACUUGGCGCCUCAACCGCCGGCGACACUGCCUGCCUGGCAUAACAGCCCCAACAGGGCCAUAAAGGAAGGCCACUUGAGGGGGAAAAGGCGCAACAUUACCUCGCUAUUCCACUUGAGUGACCCAGUGAAAAGCACUCCGCCAGGAGCAAGGAGGCAGAGACAACAGGAAGGGGGAGACGGCAAAACAGAGCAGAAAGGCGGAGAUAAAAAGAGAGGUGUGAAAAGACCUCGAGAAGAUCAUGGCCGUGGAUAUUUUGAGUACAUUGAAGAGAACAAGUAUAGCAGAGCCAAAUCUCCCCAGCCACCUGUUGAAGAGGAAGAUGAGCACUUCGAUGACACAGUGGUUUGUCUUGAUACUUAUAAUUGUGAUCUACAUUUUAAAAUAUCAAGAGACCGCCUCAGUGCUUCUUCCCUUACUAUGGAGAGUUUUGCUUUUCUUUGGGCCGGAGGAAGGGCAUCUUAUGGUGUGUCCAAAGGCAAAGUCUGUUUUGAGAUGAAGGUUACAGAGAAGAUCCCAGUAAGGCAUUUGUAUACAAAAGAUAUUGACAUACAUGAAGUUCGGAUUGGCUGGUCACUAACCACAAGUGGAAUGUUGCUUGGUGAAGAAGAAUUCUCUUAUGGGUAUUCUCUUAAAGGAAUAAAAACCUGCAACUGUGAGACUGAAGAUUAUGGAGAGAAAUUUGAUGAAAAUGAUGUGAUAACAUGUUUUGCUAACUUUGAAAGCGAUGAAGUAGAACUCUCCUAUGCAAAGAACGGGCAAGAUCUUGGCAUUGCCUUCAAAAUCAGUAAGGAAAUUCUUGCUGGAAGGCCACUCUUCCCGCAUGUUCUCUGCCACAACUGUGCGGUUGAAUUUAAUUUUGGUCAGAAGGAAAAGCCAUAUUUUCCAAUACCAGAAGAUUAUACUUUUAUCCAGAAUGUCCCCUUAGAGGAUCGAGUUAGAGGACCAAAGGGGCCUGAAGAGAAGAAAGAUUGUGAAGUUGUUAUGAUGAUUGGCUUGCCUGGAGCUGGGAAAACCACCUGGGUUACUAAACAUGCGGCAGAAAAUCCUGGUAAAUACAACAUUCUCGGAACAAACACCAUAAUGGAUAAAAUGAUGGUGGCAGGUUUUAAGAAACAGAUGGCUGAUACUGGAAAACUGAACACGCUGUUGCAGAGGGCUCCACAGUGUCUUGGAAAGUUUAUUGAGAUCGCUGCCCGUAAGAAGCGAAAUUUCAUUCUGGAUCAGACCAACGUGUCUGCUGCUGCCCAGAGGAGAAAAAUGUGCCUGUUUGCAGGCUUCCAGCGAAAAGCUGUCGUAGUUUGCCCAAAAGAUGAAGACUAUAAGCAAAGAACACAGAAGAAAGCUGAAGUAGAGGGGAAAGACCUACCAGAACAUGCUGUCCUCAAAAUGAAAGGAAACUUCACGCUGCCAGAGGUGGCCGAGUGCUUUGAUGAAAUCACCUAUGUUGAGCUGCAGAAGGAGGAAGCCCAAAAACUUCUGGAGCAGUAUAAGGAGGAGAGCAAAAAGGCGCUGCCGCCGGAAAAGAAACAGAACACCGGCUCCAAGAAGAGCAAUAAAAAUAAGAGUGGCAAGAACCAGUUCAACAGAGGCGGCGGCCACAGAGGACGUGGCGGGUUCAACAUGCGCGGCGGGAGUUUCAGAGGAGGAGGCGAGUUUGCUUUUGAGUUUCACUUGAACUUCAGAGGACGAGGAAACAAUCGUGGCUACAAAAACCAAUCUCAGGGCUACAACCAGUGGCAGCAGGGUCAAUUCUGGGGUCAGAAGCCAUGGAGUCAGCAUUAUCACCAAGGAUAUUAUUGAAUACCCAAAUAAAACGAACUGAUACAUAUUUCUCCAAAACCUUCACAAGAAGUCGACUGUUUUCUUUAGUAGGCUAACUUUUUAAACAUUCCACAAGAGGAAGUGCCUGCGGGUUCCUUUUUUAGAAGCUUUGUGGGUUGAUUUUUUUUCUUUUCUUUUUUGUACAUUUUUAAUUGCAGUUUUAAAGUGAAUCGUAAGAGAACCUCAGCAUUGUGCACGA